AUGGAUGGACACACCAUUCUUCUGCUGCAAACAGCGCCACAGAAAUCAUCAUGCACUUAUAUCGAGUACCCCACCACGGCAGAGGCCAUUGAUGGGCUGUGCGCUCUGUUUGAGCGGCGGCUCAAGGAGAUGAACCCCGGGGUGAAGAACAUCACAUACGACAUCUCAGAGCUCUACCAGUUCAUGGAGUCUCUGCCCGACCUCACCGCCCUCGUGCUGGACGAGUCUGUCUGUGCAUACGUUCCAUUUGACCGAAAACGGCUCAAGGAGCUGGCCUACCAGCGGCUUAGCAAGCUAGCUGGUGUACAAUGA